CUGGAAGUGUUGUCUUGUUUGUCUUUCCUCCCAAAGUCCUUCCACUACUCUGCUUUGUUUUCAUACUCAUCUUCUUUUUCAUACUCAUCUUCAACCUCUGUACUGCUUUGUUUUCAUACUGCCUAUGAUUAUUCUUUAUCUCAAUAUUACUAUGAUCUUAAAGAUUGAAUCUUGAUAAUCAAAACCCAGAAAGAACAUCAAAGAUGCACUCGAAAUUCCCAUUAAAAGCCCACCUUAGAGCACCGCCACACUUCUCUAGAAUCCAUUAUCAACCCCAUCAAGUUCUUUUCAAAGUUGUGUGUUGUGAUAGAAAUUCUUCUUCUUCAUCUCCUUCGCCUUCUUCUUCAGACAAGAAGUCUUGGUUGAAGCUGGUGGGUCAGUCUUUGGGUGAUAGUAGGUGGAAGUUUGACGACAUUGAUGCCAAUGCACUGCAAGAAACCUUAAAACUAUGGCUCUCAAAGACGCAAAACUUUCUGAAUGAAGUGAGAUCUCCAUUGGUAAAAAAUGUUCAUGAUGGAAAGCCAGUUCUCGAAAAUAAAUUUGAUACUCAAGAUAUGGAAGACAUCUUCAUGGCUGAACAGACUAUUGAUAGCAGAACACCAAGUGGAGAUCUUUCUUCAGCUGCUAUUGUUUCCAUUGAGCAAUUCAGCAGGAUGAAUGGAUUGACUGGGCAGCGAAUGCAGAUGAUAUUCAAAGCACUUGUUCCUGUAUCUUUGCAUAAUGAUGCCCGUAAUUUAGUGGAGUAUUGCUGCUUUAGGUUCUUGUGCAGAGAUAGUUCUGAAGUUCACCCUUGCCUCAAGGAGCCUGCAUUUCGGAAACUGAUUUUUUUAACCAUGCUAGCAUGGGAGUAUCCUUACUGCAACAGAAAGGAUUCUCAAGCUAACUCUUCAGAGAGAGCUUCUUUCCAGAGGAGGCUUGUUGGAGAAGAGGCCUUUGUUCGUAUUGCUCCAGCUAUUUCUGGUGUGGCUGAUUGGUCGACGGCUCAUAACCUUUUCAAGGCUCUUACUGGUGAUGAACAAGGCAUCUCGUAUAGCCUAUGGUCGAUGUAUAUUGAGCAGCUUCUCAUAGUGCAUGAACGUCCGAGAGCAUACAAUUCUGAAGAUUACCCACAUCUUUCUAGUGAGAGGAUCUUAUGUCUCAGUUCUGGCCGGAAGCGACCUGUUCUAAAAUGGGAAAAUAACAUGGCAUGGCCAGGAAAACUUACUUUGACUGAUAGGGCACUCUACUUUGAGGCAGUUGGCUUGGCGGGGCAAAGACAUGCUUUGAGACUGGAUCUUACAAGAGAAGGUUCACGAGUAGAGAAAACGAGGGUUGGGCCUUUCGGAUCUGAUCUAUUUGACUCUGCAGUCUCUGUUACCUACGGUCCGGAGUGA